AUGCAGACCGACAAGCCGAAUCUGUUCCACGUCCACCGCAAAGUGCUAUCCGGAGUCGACGACCUCACCGUCCACUCCGCCGAGCUCGCCAUCCCCCGCGCACACGCCGUAUCCAUCUCCGCCGAUCGCGCCGACGUGCUCCUGCAGCACCUCCCCGCCGUCUGUGCCGACGCCUCCCGCGCCCUCUCCGCGCAGCACGUUCUGCACCCCGUUGUGCUCGCCGUCAACAGCGGACAGCUCCGCACCUACGACAUCCUCGGCGAGCUAUCCCCGCGCAGCGCCGCCCUCCUCGCCCUCCCGUCCGCCCCGCAGCCCGCGCGCGCUACACACACGCCCGCAAACGCCCACGUCCACUACCGCCUCCCGCCGCACCGCGUGCUCUCCCUCCUCGCCGACAUCGAGGACAGCUUCAACGACGCCGCCCGGAUCGCCGUCCAGGUGCUCGAGUGCCUCGAGGUCCUCCGCCACGUCGACACCGCGAACAGCCGCCUCGACUUCAGCAACAUGCACGGCGGCGUCGACCUCAACACCAUGCUCGGCGCCCGGGGCGACGGCGGCCUCGCCGGCUUCCUCCUCGACUACGAGCACGCGACCGAGUACCGCCUGCGUGCGCUCCCACUCGUCGAUGUGCGCAAGUCCCAUCAGCAAUCUCGGAUCUCUCCGUCCGUGCGAUAUGGACGUGUGCGGAGCCAUGGAGCCAAGGAGAUGGACCCCCAUUUUCCUGAAACAGCGGUCUCUGGGUACGAUCUCGUGGAGUCUCGGUCUCCAUCCUGAUCGACUGUCUCCUGGCAGAGACUCAUUCGCGCCCGGGGGUCUCUCACUGCGGGAGUUGCAGUCUUUAGGGGCGGGCAAAAG